CAUCCCAGUCAUCAGUCAUUCGACAGCAUUGACCUAGUCACAAGUGUCCCCCCCACGAAGCAGAACCAAAUCCAGAGACAGCCCGCAAUCAUGUCUCGAGUGUGCCUUCCUGUCCUGGCCAUUGUGCUCAUCCUUGCAGGAUCCUCCGGGGCAGCUGGCCUCGAGUGGCCCUCCAAUUUGUUGGCUCUCAGCUCUGGCAAGUCCACGCAGCUGCUGUCCCUGCCUGCUGCCGAGGAUGCCGAAGAGCAGUCCGAGAGCAGCGCUGCAGCUGCCGCCGCUGCGCAAAAGGAGGAAAAGAACCCGCAGGAGGACGCUUCCUCCUCCUCUGAUCAGCUUUCGCAAUCUUCCAGCGGCAGCUCGGACACCAUCGAUGCGCGCCUCCUGUCUGGCAUACCCGUCACCGUGCCUCUGCCUCUGAUUGUGGCCGCUCGCCCUGGCCUGCGGACAGUCCUUACCAUCCAGGAGCCAGCUGUGGCCAAGGUGGGCGAGGUGGUGCAGCAUGUGCCCACCGCAGUGUCCCACCAGAGCCAGACGAUUGUGCACGACCACCGCCGCGUGGUCAGCCCCAUCGUGGCGCCUGCCGUUCGCACCACCAAACUGGUUCGCCAGCAGCCGCCGCUCCUGUGGACUCUGUCCUCUGCCGAUCCUCGCUUGGUUCUGCUCCGCAACUGAAGGCAAGUCUCACCCUUCACGGACCCCAAAGAUGAACCCACAAACUGAACAACUCGCCAAACCCUCAGCUUUAGCUCUACUUUUCCUCCUCCUCCCUCUCUAGCCCCCCCCCCCCAGACUGUCUCUCCUUUGUCUCCGAUCUGUUCUCUCUUCUCUGCCAUUUUCUGUUGAUUCUCUUCUCUGCAAUAAAGAAUUCGCAUCUGCA